GGAGUAUCCCCGUAAUGGCAACACUAUUGUCGAGCAAGGGAUAACGCGACGGGUUCCCGCGCUAGCCGCACGCUCGCUCGCUCAGUCAGUCCGGCUUCGCGCGCGAUACAGCCGAGAUUCAUCGCGACCCGUGCCGCAAAAAAAAACAUUAAAAAAAUAUCUUUCGAUUACAUUAUCUGUACCAUUUUGGCGGUAACAAGACAAAAGUUAUGUUCGCGUUUAACCUAAAAAAAGUGUUAGAAUAAUGCUUUGUAAUCAUGAUUCUAAGAUUAAAUAGUGAUAAGGGUGGUUUAUUUAUCGAAUACGUAUCAAAUUGUGUGUAAGAGAUGCAAUAUCAAAGUAAUGACGAUGACCUGCAAUAUCGGAUUUUUGGCGAAUCCUUCAACUUUGCCAUCGAGAACAAAACAAAUGCCGGCCGGCGGAGAAAACGUAGCGGCUAUGAUUCGGAGUCGAGCGAAUACUCAGAGGAUUCGGCGGCGGCCUACGAUGAUGUCCAGGCUGCAACCAAAAGCUCUGGGCCGCGGAAGAAUAUUAAUAGGGGGAGGUGGACGAAGGAGGAGGACAAAAAGCUGAAAGCCUACGUUAAGAUGUACAACGAGAACUGGGACCUGAUAUCUGCCGAAUUCGCAGACAGGUCCGAUGUCCAAUGCCAACAGCGGUGGACCAAAGUCGUCAACCCUGAACUAGUCAAAGGCCCUUGGACCAAGGAGGAGGAUGAGAAAGUUAUGGAGUUGGUCGCGAAAUACGGGCCGAAAAAAUGGACGCUCAUCGCGCGUCAUUUAAAAGGGAGGAUAGGGAAACAAUGCAGAGAAAGGUGGCAUAACCACCUAAACCCCUCUAUAAAGAAGACAGCAUGGACGGAACAUGAAGACAGAGUCAUAUACCAAGCGCACAAACAACUCGGCAACCAGUGGGCUAAGAUCGCUAAAUUAUUGCCCGGCAGGACCGACAACGCAAUAAAGAACCAUUGGAACUCGACAAUGCGACGUAAAUACGAGCCCGACCUACUCGACAGCUUCGAGUCCCUGCGCCGCAAGCAAACGCGGACCUGGUCAGACCCCUUCAACGAAUCAACGCAGAGCAACUCAUCGAACACAAGCCAACCGGCUUCGAAGCACGUCUUACACUUCAGACAACUUCUGAAAGACCAGCUGACGACUCUGCAACAUCAGACCGUUCCCCCCAAGUCACCUGACAGAGGGGGGCUGGUUGCUGCUGAUAUUGAAAUCGUUGAUGCACCUUUUAAAUUUGUAAACAUAGACACGCUGCCAACGGACUCCCCUCUCAGAAGUUACUUGAGUCAAGCGUCAACAACCAAUCAAAACAAUCAGGAUGCUGUAACAUACGCAGUUCAGGCGGAAUCUUCCAAGGAAAUAGAAGUGCCUUCAAUCUUCACGUCUCCUAAGAAGAAGGCGAUGGAAACCAGUUCCCCUCCCCCCAUACUGAGGAGAAAGCCCAAAAAGUUAACCCCAGUUGUUUCCAACACUAAUGCAUGGUCAGACACAUUAUCCAAAGCUCUAGAGUGUCGGGAGUCGGGAGUGACUCCCAUCAAGGCGCUGCCGUUCAGUCCGUCGCAGUUCCUCAACUCGCCCGCGCCCAUCGCCUUCGCGGAGCUCGACUCUACUCCGCUCAGGCAUGCCACUAAGGAAUGGAGUGCAAGUCCAUUGCUUCAAACGCCAACACCUGCUCACCACGUGACGCCGGGAGGACCACACCCUGGCAAGAGUAACACCCCCAAAACUCCAACGCCCUUCAAGAUAGCUAUGGCCGAGUUAGGCAAAAAAUCCGGCUUGAAGUACGAACCAUCUAGCCCGGGCUUGUUAGUAGAAGAUAUCACAAUUAUGAUGAAGAGAGAGAAUUCUGAUAGUACGAUCAACGACUCGUUAUUGUCUUCUACUGCUGAUCAGGAAAAUGCUAAUGUGCAGGUGAACGACUCCGGCAUCGGCAGCCUCAGGCGCCAGGAGUGCGGCAAGGAGAACGUGCCGGCGCACAAGCGCGCGCGCAAGGCGCUGGCGCCCGCCUGGGGCGCCGCCACCUCCACGCCGCACGCGCGCGGGGCACACGCCACCAUCGUGCCCGAUGUCUCGUAUAUUGAGACGCCGAGCAAAACCUUAGCCGGGGACAGCUCAGUUAUGUUCUCGCCACCAUCUAUCGUGAAACACUCUCUUCUAGAAGAAUCCACCAGCCUACACUCUCUUAUAAGCGCCGACAACACCCCAGAAACCAGCAAAUACGAAGAACUUGACAUAGAAGCCGUCAUCACUGAGAAAACUAAGGUUGCUCGUGGUAAUGAGCCUAUAGUCGUGAAGAGAUCAGCUGUGCGCUCCAUCAAGUUCGACAAAUUGGACGAGGAAGUUGACGUUAAGGAGGAGAAUCAGUCGCCUUUUAUAGUGGGCAACUACAAAUGGCAGACUUUCGCAUGCGGCAUGACGCAAGACCAACUGGACCUCACUCAACUAGCUCACCAAUAUAUGAGGAAAUCAGCUUUAAAACCUAGAUCACUGAAUUUUCUAUAGAAGUGGGUCUUUUACAAAUAAUGAACUUAAACAUACCGGGACUUGGACCUGGUAGUGUUGUGUUUAAUUAUGUUUAUCGAUAAUUCAUUUUCUUCCUGAUCAUUGUUCUAUUUUGGUUCAAAAAAUUGCCAAAGUGCUUCGACAACAUAAACGUCAGUUUUAAAAUUACUGUUUAUUUUAAAUGUGUACGUCUCAUUUUGAAAAUAAAUAGUUGUUCUACGAAGAACUGACGUUUGUGCUGUCGAUGUAUUAAUUUGGGCAUUCGUUGACUGAUUUCGGUCGUUACAUGUCAUUGAAUGAUAUUUCGAUAAAAAUGUUACUGCCAAUGUUUUUUAGUCACAUCACUUCAGAUUUUGAUGAUGGAAGAAAAUAAUACGAUGAAGUCGUAAGUACGCUUAUUAUUAUAGAUUAUGGGUUUUAGUAGUUAUUUUUAGAGUUGUAAAUAAAACAGUGUGAUUUUAGUAUAAGUAAGAAAUUAUGUAUGAAUAGUUCUGUAUUUUGUGAUUGUGGAUGAUAUAAAAAUUUUAACAAGUGACUUUAUUUCAUAAGUUGGUUUUAAUGCAUAUUUUAGUGUUUAAUUUAUAUAAAAUAGAAUUAUAUCAUCAUGGCGAAAGAAUUUACUUAUUUAAACAGUUGCAGAUAAUUUUUGAUUGGAUACAUAAUUUCGAUAUAUUUGUAGAAUUUGCAAUAAAAUCGCUAUAAUUUGGGUAAAAGUGUAAUAUCUGUCUAUUAUUCUAUCGUUUUAUUUAAUUCUUUGUAACAAAAGGUCCCAUUUUGAAGCGAUUUAGUUUUGUUUACUGAUUUUAUGUAAAAUUUUAUUUUGAAUGGAAAUGAUUUUACACUUAAAUUUAUUUUAAGCCUAGAUAUUUUUUAGUAAGUCUAUAUUGUAAUUUGAAAGAGUACAAAGUAUAAUAUUAAGUGGAAUAAUUCAAUCCUAAAUAUAGACAGUAAUUUAAGAUUUUUGUAAGUUUUUUGAGUAACACAUUUUAAAGCUUUUAAUUCUUUUUGCAUUUUGUGUGAUUGCGCAUUGAUAUGUAACUUAAUUGUGUAAUAACAUUUUUUGUUAAUUGUGUGAAUUUUUAAUACUUUUUAAAAGCUACUGGAUGGCUGAUUUUUAGUAAAACAAAUAUUUUAACAUCAUAAAGUUUCAGGUUGUGGUGUGCGCUUUUUAACAAGAAAAAAAUAUAACUUCUGCUUUUAAAGAAAUCUAACUUUGUAAUUAACGUUUAAGUUUGGUAUAAUAAUAAUUAUAAUUUUAAGAGGCAAUAUUUAUACGAAUUAUGUUUAAACAUAUUUUUAUUGUACGUUUUUUGUGAUUUCUAUUCUAAUUUAUGUUUUUCUUUGGAAUUUUUCUCUAGUGCUGCUGAUUAAAUAAAUAAUAAUAAAAUCAUGAACCUUUACAGUUUUUCUUUCA